AUGUCCUCAAAAACGAGAUUUAUACAGGCACUCGCGCAGGACACACUUCCGCGGGCGUUUAGGGUUGGCGCUACACACUCUGGCGUUAAGAAGAACGGCGCUCUUGAUUUGGGUAUCCUUCACUCUACCACAGCUCGGUGUACAUCGGCCGCAUCCUUCACCCAGAACGUAUUCAAAGCAGCCCCAGUUGUUUGGUCUAGUGAAGUGCUUCAGAAGGGAAAUGGCACUGCCAAGGCGCUUAUCGUCAAUUCAGGCUGUGCGAAUGCUGUCACUGGUCAACAAGGGCUUAAAGACGCUCAAACGAUGUCUGCAGGCGUUGAUGAAAUGCUCAAAGAAAAGGACAGCACGCUGGUUAUGAGCACUGGUGUCAUUGGACAGCUCCUACCUAUUAAAAAGAUCACAGAUAGCAUCGCACCUCUUUUUAAUGCUACAAAGGAAGACGGUGAGAGCUGGAUGAGCCUCGCAAAGGCAUUCAUGACGACAGACACUUUCCCAAAACUUAGGGCGAAGACACUCUCUUUGCCUAGCGGCAGAAAUGUUAGAGUCGCAGGUAUAGAUAAGGGUGCUGGUAUGAUUCACCCACACAUGGGCCCACCAAGCUCGAUACCAAGACUUCCACAUGGUACACUCCUUGGUGUAAUUGCUACUGAUGCCCCUGUUGCGAGUGCGGACCUCCAGAGCGUCCUCGACCACGCAGUCGAUCGCUCAUUCAACUCAAUUUCCGUUGAUGGUGAUAUGUCAACCAAUGACACCAUUCUUGCAUUUGCGAACGGUGCAGAAGGUGGUUCCCAACUUACUGGAGAAGAUCUCGCCUCAUUUAAGUCUCAAUUGACAGAUUUCGCAAUCGAACUUGCUCAACUCGUCGUCAGGGAUGGUGAGGGUGCAACUAAAUUUGUCACAGUCAAUGUUGAGAAUGCCCCAUCUUACGCUGUUGCACAGGUUGUCGCUAGAACGGUAGCUACUUCUUCACUUGUCAAAACUGCACUCUAUGGACAAGAUGCCAAUUGGGGUAGAAUCCUCUGCGCCGUUGGAUACGCUCCUUUGGACAAGCCAUCACCUAUCAAUCCAAGCAAGGUAACUGUCAAGUUCAGACCAACUGAUGGAUCACCAGAUAUUGCCCUACUCACAAAUGGCGAGCCUGAGCAGGUCGACGAGGCUAGAGCAGCUGAAGUUCUGAAGCUUGAAGACUUGGAUAUACGUAUAGAUUUAGGUCAAGGUACUGAGAAAGCUCAAUACUGGACCUGCGAUUUAUCUCACGAAUAUGUUACCAUUAAUGGAGAUUAUCGCUCAUAG